UACAGAACCGUGACGACCUCCUCCGAGAGCCGAACCCGAAGGCGAGGCGGCGGCGAUGUCGCAGCUCUUCUCCGCCGCCAAGCGGCUGCCCGCCCUUCUUCUCCCCCGACACCAUCUCUCUACUUCUGCUCUCUCCACCUCCUCCUCCCUCCCCGAUGGAGCCACCCCCGCUACCGCCGCCUCGGGCCUCCCCUUCCUCAACUGCCGGCGCCGGAAGAAGCUUCGCAAGAAGCUCCAGAGCCCUCGCGUCGCUCCCAUCCAGAGGGAUGCUGGCCGCCGCCUUCCCGACUUCGAAGCGGUCGUUCGCCUCGACGCCGCCCUCCGCUUCAUCUCCCGCACUAAGUGCUAUCUCUCUCGCCUACCCGGCCACUGCAUCCCCCUCGCUGACGCCGGCAAGCUCCACCGAGAGCUCGGUUUUCCUCGUGGUCGCAAGGUCUCCCGCUUCGCUGCACGCCACCCGCUCCUUCUCCACCUUCCCCGCCUCCCGCCGGACUCCAAACCUCUCCUCGCCUUCACCCCGCUCAUGGAUUCCCUCAUCGCCGAGGAGCUCGUACUCAUGGACGCCAUGGAGUCCACCCGGGUUACCACCGUCCGCAAACUCCUCAUGAUGUCCGCCGGACGCCGCAUCCCCCUCGCCAAGCUCCACCACUGCCGCCUCCUCUUCGGCCUCCCUGAUGACUUCCGUGAUCGCGUCCAUAAGUACCCCGACUACUUCCGAGUCGCCGUGGAUCCUAAAGACGGUUGCCAUGUGCUCGAGCUCGUUGAAUGGGAUCCAGCCCUCGCGGUCAGUGCCCUCGAGAGGGACUUCGUCCCUGAUGAAGCCCGGGUCCGUCGAACAUUCAAGUUCCCCAUCCGCCACGGAAAGGCGUUACCUUUGCAGGAGGACGACGAGAGGAGGCUGAAUUCUCUGACUACACUACCCUUGGUGUCGCCUUAUUCAGAUUGUUCAGGCCUGCAGCCGUGGACAGUGGAAGCGGAGAAGUAUCGGGUCGGUGUGAUCCAUGAAUUUUUGAGCCUGACUUUGGAGAAGAGGGCGUGGAUUCAUCACAUUGUGGAGUUCAAGGAGGAAUUCAACCUCACGAAGCAUACUUACCCGAUGCUAUUGAAGCAACCUCGAGCAUUUUAUCUUGCAGGCACCGAGAUGAAUUGGGCUGUGUUUCUAAAGGAUGCUUACAGGGAGGAUGGGACUCUGAUUGAGAAGGAUCCACAGGUGUUGUUCAACGAGAAAUUGCAACAUUAUGCUUUGACAGAAUCAGAAUCUGGUGAGGGGGUUUCCUAAAGAAAGAAGUUUGGGCUAAUUGAGUAUAGUGAAAAACAAAUGUUCUUAAUAAAAUUAGUUUCAGUCAAUGAUAACAAGGCCAACUCAGGGGAAUUGGAAUUGCAAAGUUGUAAGAGACAGUGCCUAGAAAACUUUGAUCAGGUGUUGUUCCUGGAGCAAUGAAGCUUCAGGUUAUCAAAGGGUGUCAGCUUUUGCCUUUGGUUACCCUGGAAAUUGAAGUUUAUGAAAUACUACUUACAGGUUUUUUUUUUUAAUUUAAAUGCAGUAUGAUUUUAGACGUGAAUUUCUCCCUCUUGGCAAACCUGUUCUGUGAUUAUACCUUCCUAAUUUGUUGUGGUUGCUACCUGUUUGGUGUAAUCCUGCAUUACUCGAUCAAAUAUCUGUGGAGAAAAUCAUGGACACACCAGAUGAUGCUGAUCUCAAGGAAGCUCGACAGCAGGAAUAUGGACUUACUGCCCACAUUCAGCAAGCUUGGAUGAGGAAAAUGUGUGAUGCAAACUUGAUAAGAUCUUGGGAUUGGCUCAUGCAUAUGUCCAACAAGCCAAGCAGGGUGUCCAUGCAAGAGAAGCAAUUUCUGGGAAGCUGCAAAGAAUGAGUGCAUGAGCUUCCAAUUCAUCAGCAUCAGUCUUCAGGCUAGUUUCGCCUUGACCUUCUCUUGGAUUCUCGAUGCUUGUUAUGUCGCUCCAUCUCCCCAGGGACUGAGAGCCAGUUGCUAGCAGAAGAGCUUAUGCCACAAGUGAUGGCAGUUGAGACAGAAUGCAUCGAGUGAAAUAUAGUGUUGUAUAGGAUAGAUAUGUAGAACAAGAACUCUAUGUUUUUGUUUUCUUGCAGCUGCCUUCUGUUGGGAGUGAAUUCAUUAAAUGGCCCAAUUAUGACCCUCUUUGUUAAGUUUUUUUUUUUUAACACAGAAGAAUUCGUGUAAGAUAUUUCAACUGGCACAUUAUAAUCAGGACCUGACUGCUGUUUCAGUCUGUUUGAAAUGAAAUGGUUGGCUAAAUUCAAGUGUGAA